CUGAGUACUGUCGAUUGCUUUCUGGCGUUUAAAUUCUGUACCCACCCCAAUUUCUCUUUUCAAAUGCUUCAUUGAUCAUGUCAUCUUCAUUGCCGUCACCAACGAUGACCCUUUUACUCGCAUUCUACGUCGUCGUUUCACUUGUUUUGAUCUUGUCGGUGUCAUCGACAGAGGGGGCCGAUGCGAUAGAUGAACCAACUGUCAAGAGGUCAGACUUCCCAAAUGAUUUCUUGUUUGGAGUCGCCUCUUCUGCUCAGCAGAUCGAAGGAUCUGCAGCAGGAGGAAAGGGACCAAGCAUGUGGGACUAUUAUGCUACUCGAGCCAGGAUCCAAGAUGGGAGUAAUGCAUCGGUUGCUAUAGACUCGUAUAAUCGUUACAAGGAAGAUGUAAGAAUCUUGAAGGAACUCGGGGUAAACACAUACCGAUUCUCCAUCUCCUGGAGCAGAAUCCUUCCUGAAGGAACGGUCAGUGGUGGAAUAAACCAACAGGGUAUUGAUUACUACAACAAUUUGAUAGAUAAAUUGGUAGCAUCUGGCAUCAAACCUUUUGUCACAUUGAUGCACAAUGACCUACCUCAAGCCUUGCAGGCAAAGUAUGGCGGAUUCUUGAACCGUUCCAUAGUGAACGAUUUUAGGGACUACUGCGAGAUUUGCUUCAAGACAUAUGGAGAUCGGGUAAAGAACUGGAUUACCAUAAAUGAGCCACUAGUUACAGCGGUCUUUGGGCACGACCUUGGAUUUGCUGCACCGGGUCGGUGUACACAUUGUCCCGCCGGUAACUCUUCCACAGAGCCUUACAUCGUGACCCACAAUCAUCUGCUUGCACAUGCAACUGCUGUUAGGCUCUACAGAGAAAAAUUUGAGGCUGACCAAAAAGGAGAAAUUGGAAUUACCCUCGUCGGAAAAAAUUAUGUGCCAUACUCGGAUAGCUUAGAUGAUAAAGCUGCAACAGAAAGAGCUCUGGAAUUUGCUAUGGGUUGGUUCAUUGAUCCGUUGGUGAAUGGAGACUAUCCAAGCACAAUGAGAAGCUUGGUGAAAGACAGAUUACCCACUUUCACUGCACAGGAGAAGAAGUUGAUGAAGGGGUCUUUCGACUUCAUUGGUAUCAAUUACUAUACGGCAAUCUAUGCUCAAAACAUUCCAGAAGAUGAACGCAAAGUGCCAACUAGCUACUCUGAUGACUCGUUCGUGAAGGGUUCAGUAACCAGGGACGACAUACCAAUUGGUCUAAAGGCUGAAGGGAUCGAGUGGAUAUAUAGGUAUCCAGACGGUCUGGUGCAAAUUUUGGACUAUAUAAAACGGAAGUACCAAAACCCAAAGAUUUACAUUACUGAGAACGGUGUUACUGAAGCAAAUGUAGAGGGCCGUCCACUGGCCGAUGCGCUGAACGAUCCUCACAGGAUUGAUUGCUUGAAGCAGCAUCUCGCACGUCUCCUUAAAGCGAUGAAGAACGGAGUGAAUGUGCAAGGAUACAUGCACUGGUCACUCGCAGACAACUGGGAAUGGGCCUCGGGCUUCGUACCAAGGUUUGGGCUCUACUACACUGACUAUAAGGACAACCUCAAACGCAUUCCUAAAGCAUCUGCCAGAUGGUACAAGGCUUUUCUCCAAGAUGACCAAUGAGGACGAGGAGCACUAACCAGGUGCUCUCAACUGUUGUUCUGAAGAUUCUGUUUCAUCUUGUUGUGAUAUCGUGAGACAUUCCACUGUUUAUUAGAGAUAUUUCCUUGAAGAGUUCCAAUAUUCCACCAUUGUCA